GGGCGCAGGCGUACUCGAGUCUCUCCAUCCUGCUUCCUCAGCCCGGAGCUCCGCCGGGCUUGGGUGGGCCCCAACAGCGGCGGCACCGGCAACAGUGGUAGUGACAGCGACUGCGUGAGACCUGGACGGAAAUGGCGAUGGCGAUGUCGGACAGUGGGGCGAGUCGCCUGCGGCGGCAGCUGGAGUCGGGAAGCUUUGAGGCGCGGCUGUACGUGAAGCAGCUCUCGCAGCAGUCGGACGGAGACCGGGACCUGCAGGAACACCGGCAGCGCAUCCAGGCGCUGGCGGAGGAGACGGCGCAGAACCUGAAGCGCAACGUCUACCAGAACUACCGGCAGUUCAUAGAGACGGCCCGUGAGAUCUCCUACUUGGAGAGCGAGAUGUAUCAGCUCAGCCAUCUGCUGACGGAGCAGAAGAGCAGCCUGGAGAGCAUCCCGCUUACCCUGCUGCCGGCUGCCGCCGCCGCCGCCGGGGCCGCCGCGGCCGCCGGGGGUGAGGAGGGAGGCGGGGGCGCGGGGGGCCGAGACCACCGCCGGGGCCAGCCUGGCCUUUUCCCCACGCCUGGGGGCGCCUCCCGCGACUGCGCUGGUCCGGGUGAGGAGGGAAAGCAGCGCACCCUCACCACCCUGCUUGAGAAGGUGGAAGGGUGCAGGCACCUGCUGGAGACGCCUGGGCAGUACCUGGUAUACAACGGGGACCUGGUGGAAUAUGAGGCGGACCACAUGGCCCAGCUGCAGCGGGUACAUGGCUUUCUCAUGAACGACUGUUUAUUGGUGGCCACCUGGCUGCCACAGCGGCGGGGGAUGUACCGCUACAACGCCCUCUAUCCCCUGGAUGGUUUGGCCGUGGUCAAUGUCAAGGACAACCCGCCCAUGAAGGACAUGUUCAAGCUGCUGAUGUUUCCCGAGAGCCGCAUUUUUCAGGCGGAAAAUGCUAAAAUCAAACGAGAGUGGCUGGAAGUGCUGGAGGAAACCAAGAGGGCCCUCAGUGAAAAAAGACGAAGGGAGCAGGAGGAGGCAGCAGCUCCUCGAGCGCCGCCCCAAGUGACUGCCAAAGCCGGUAACCCGUUUGAGGAAGACGACGACGACGAACCAGCUGUCCCUGAGGUAGAAGAAGAAAAGGUGGACCUUUCAAUGGAAUGGAUCCAGGAGUUGCCUGAAGACCUGGAUGUCUGCAUUGCCCAGAGGGACUUUGAAGGGGCCGUAGACCUGCUGGAUAAAUUGAACAAUUACUUAGAAGAUAAGCCCAGCCCACCUCCUGUAAAAGAACUAAGGGCCAAAGUGGAUGAGCGUGUUCGACAGCUUACCGAAGUGCUUGUUUUUGAACUCUCCCCAGGUCGAUCCUUGAGAGGCGGUCCCAAGGCUACCCGGCGGGCAGUUUCCCAGCUCAUCCGGCUUGGCCAGUGCACAAAGGCUUGUGAGCUGUUUCUGAGAAACAGGGCAGCGGCGGUGCACACGGCCAUCCGGCAGCUUCGCAUUGAAGGUGCCACUUUACUUUACAUUCAUAAACUGUGCCAUGUCUUCUUCACCAGUCUCCUUGAGACUGCGAGGGAAUUUGAGACGGAUUUCGCAGGCACUGACAGUGGCUGCUACUCAGCCUUUGUGGUCUGGGCGAGAUCAGCCAUGGGCAUGUUUGUGGAUGCUUUCAGCAAGCAGGUGUUUGAUAGUAAGGAGAGCCUCUCCACAGCAGCAGAGUGUGUCAAAGUGGCGAAGGAGCAUUGUCAGCAGCUGGGUGACAUUGGACUGGACCUCACCUUCAUCAUCCAUGCCCUUCUGGUGAAAGACAUCCAAGGGGCCUUGCACAGUUACAAAGAAAUCAUAAUUGAAGCCACUAAACAUCGCAACUCGGAGGAGAUGUGGAGGAGGAUGAACUUGAUGACCCCAGAGGCCCUGGGGAAACUCAAAGAGGAGAUGAAGAGUUGUGGAGUGAGUAACUUUGAGCAGUACACAGGAGAUGACUGCUGGGUGAACCUAAGUUACACAGUGGUUGCUUUUACCAAACAGACCAUGGGCUUCUUGGAAGAGGCCCUGAAGCUGUAUUUCCCAGAGCUGCACAUGGUACUUUUGGAGAGCCUGAUGGAAAUCAUUUUGGUUGCUGUUCAACAUGUGGAUUAUAGUCUUCGAUGUGAGCAGGAUCCAGAGAAGAAGGCUUUUAUCAGACAAAACGCAUCCUUUCUGUAUGAAACAGUCCUCCCUGUGGUGGAGAAAAGGUUUGAAGAAGGUGUAGGGAAACCCGCCAAGCAACUCCAGGACCUGAGGAAUGCAUCUAGACUUAUUCGUGUGAAUCCUGAGAGCACAACUUCAGUGGUCUGAUGCUUGGCUCUGUUUAUAUGUAUACAAAUAUAUUGUUUCUAUAUUAUUUAUAUUUAUAUUAAGUUGCAUUAGCAUUUUCUCUGUAGUCUCAAACACAGCUUAACAAUAAAAGAUGCCCUCUCAGAUAGAAAUCCAAAGGAGAAAGAAAAAAUGUUAAAUUAAGCCCAAAUAACAAAAUUGUUGCAAUUAAUAAAAUAUAUAAUAUGCUUUCCUUUUAAAAUUAUGCUAACUCUCUAAUGAAUAUAUUGUCACACUGUAUCAUUUCAGCUUAUCUUUUAAGUCAAAACACACUUUCUCAUAGUACAUACUGUGCAGCACAGGAAAAUAAUAUGCCUAAAUAUUUUAUGAAAAGUUUCCCAGUUCACUAAAAUGUUAAGUUUCUUAAAGGGUACAGUGCCAUAUAAAACACCCUACUUCAUAUGUUUCCCCACCUUAAAAUGUGAUUGAACAAUUUGGGAAAAAGAAAGGAAGAGAUGAGAAAAUGGGUUUUAGGGUAAAUUUUGUUCAAAAGGAUUCCUUCCUGGAAGUAGCUAGUGUGUGCACUCAAAUACUCUGAUCCUUAGAGCGCACAAGAGGAAGUACUCAUAAAACAGUUCAGCAAACAUUUCCAGUGUGAUUUGAGUGGCUAAUUAUUUUCAGCUGCUAAUUAGUAGCUUUAUAAUUGAUUUGGGAGCAUUUACUUGAAAACCUUAAGGACUAUAGAAAGGAUUUUUUUUCAACAUAUUCCCCAACUGUGUGAAUGUUCAGCUAGAGCUUUUGUCUUUAUCAUUAAAAAAGUAAAAAUAAACAGGACACAUUAAGGAUCCUGUCAGCACCAGUGAUUUUUAGCUGCCCCUCCCCCAUUCUGUAAUGGCUCAGAGUUCAUGCAAAUUGAAGAAAAGUUUUCAUUGAAACACUUAUUCAGAUGUCAGGAUUUGGUGGAUGGGAAAUUUAAAAAAAAAAGUCAUAUGCAAAUCCCAUAGUGUUCUCAAGAAUAACUGCUUUGAGCAGAGAAUUGUUUUUGCUUUUUUGGUAACAGUGGAGAACAGAAAGAUGAGACAGUGUACCCAAAACCGAGGGAGAAAAAGAACAUUUUGAUGACUCUUACAAUGCCCCAGGCUGCAUUUUUCAUGUUUAUUUUACUUGCUUUGUUUUUUAAAGUGAACAUAAUCCUUCCUUCACAUUGUUUAGUAAAACAAAAAUAACAAGAAAUCUGAACUUCCCAGAUUUCUAAUCUUUUGCUUCUGUUGUUUAUCAAUUCUACAACAUUCCUUACUGAGAGAAAUUGUGCUAGCUGAGAUCCAUUUUUCCCAGCUUUGAGUUGUGAUUCUCAUCCAUAGGUGCCAUAUCUCAUGCCAAUUACUUCAAAAGGUCAUUUCUUUUACCUGAAUAAAAAUAGUGGUAUUAAGACUGUGGAAAUUGUGUAAAGCCUCAAAUAGCUUCCAAAUACUGGCUUAGUUAGGGUUGUAAAGCUCCUUGACUUAAUUUUACUAAUGCAGAGGAGACCUUUAUUUUAUUUUUAGCUCUGCCCAUUUAGAAGGUCGGAAAUUAUCAAAGUUGCAGAUUUUCUUUGACUACUUUUUUUACAUAACUUUGGGAUUUUCUAGAUAAUAACCAUACUGGAUAUCUGAGCUGAACAAAAAGUUAUAAUUUGUCUUUUUUAAGAUCACUAGGAACUUGAAUUUGAUAAAAAUUUUGUGAUUAUUUUGUGCCACUUACAGUUUCUAAAAUGAUAUUGUAUGAAACACAUUUUGUGUAAAUAUUUAAUGCUGGGUCCAUAAAAUAAUCCUUCUGAAAUCAAAACUUCUUUUAAGGCAUGAAGUUGUAAAAACUUAAAUGUGUAUACUCAUACUCAAAUGGUUGCUUCUUCAUAGAAUUGUCUGCUUUUUAAAACUGGAAGUCAGAAUUUUCUGUUAAAACUUGUGUUCCUUCAUCAGAGUUGUAGCCAAAGGAAGUAUGCUUUUGGUGGAUCAGUUAGUGUGGGAGGUUGGUUCAACGUCCCCAAUGUUAAGAGUGUACCUUUGUGCCAGACAGAGCGAUUAUAUUGCUGUUCCUCAGAGUAGGGUCAUGGCUCUACUCUCUAAAUAAUUUUUGUUUCAUUAGACUCCAAGGCAAGUUCUAAAACUUGAAUGCACUUAGAGAUUUCCCAGAAUGUAGCACAUACCGUAAUAUACCACUUAAGGGUUGAUUGCCUUAUUUGCUGGCCUCAAACAUAACACUGUCACUUGAGCUUGGAAUCAGACUUGGUUGAACUCAUUCCUGUUGAAAAAAGACACCCUGUGGAAUUAAGUCUCUUUUUGAUUAAGGCUUCCUGUCACGUAAGUGCUGAAAACUCACUUAUUUUUGUUUAAAAGUAGUUACCUGUAGUUACAUGAUCAGCAUUUGUAUUUUGCAACUUGCUUACUUGGGAUUGGGAAUAUGGGACUUGACGUAGUAUAAAAUCAGUCUAUGAACAUUUUGCCUAUUGCUAUGCUGUGAUAUGAGGGAAUCUGAAAUGUUCGUCAAAAUAAAGCUUACAAUUUUUCUUACACUGGAUAACAUUGGUUGAUAUUACGAUGUUCUGCUGUCUCUUUUUUAAUCAGGAUUUAAUAUUCUUAUGUCCUGUUACUGAAACAGAGUAUUAAAGAGCCUCCUUUGGCUC